GGAACCCAGACCCAGACCCCCAAUCCCUCCAAGAACUCCCCCAUCACGCCAUCGAUUGAUCCACCCACGGCACGAAAGCGCGAGGCAAAGGUCGAUUCAUACCUAGGCGAGGCGAGAAGAGUCGAAGGGUCGCCGUAGAGCUCGCCGGAACCCACCGUGGCUGCGCUCGCCGGCGGGGAAGAGGGCUCGCGGGUUGCGCGCUUCUUCUCCUCGGUGCUCUCCGGGAUCUUUGGCCAGGGCGAGGAGGGGGACGCGAUGGCCGCACGCGCGCACAACGUCGCUGCCGCUCAGCAGCAGAACAGAGCGUUAGGUGGUGUCCCCGCCAUGGGCAAGCAGCAGAAGGCGGCCAUGGCCGGCAGGCCCGACCCCAAGAACACCCGCCGCGCCCUGGGCGACAUCGGCAACGUCGAGGCCAACAACCGGCGCGCCCCCCUGGGCGACAUCGCCAACGUCGUCAACGCCCGCGCGGCCGAAGGAAACAGGAAGCCGCAGCCCCAUGAGCCGGUGAACCGCCCCGUCACCAGGAACUUCGGCGCCCAGCUCCUCAAGAACGCGCAGGAGAAAGCAAAGAAUCCGGCGGCGAGGCCUGCGGUGAGGAGGGCUCAUCAUGUCAAGCCCGCCCCUCCUCCACCGGAGCACGUGAUCGAGAUCAGCUCCGACUCCGACGUGACCAAGUCGGAGGCCGGCAGCGUCAGCUCCGUCCGCAAGUACUCGAGGAAGAAGGUGGUCACCACCCUCAGCCACGUGCUCUCGGCGCGCUCCAAGUUUGCAGCCGGAAUCACAGAAGAGCCAGCGAUCCAGGACAUCGACAAGCUUGACGGCGACAACCAGCUCGCCGUCGUCGAUUACAUCGAAGAUAUCUACAAAUUCUACAAAGUCGCCGAGAAUGAGUGCCGCGCCAGCGAUUACAUGGACUCCCAGGAGGAGAUCAAUGCCAAGAUGAGGGGCAUCCUCAUCGACUGGAUCCUGGAAGUGCACCAGAAGUUCGACCUGAUGCCCGAGUCGCUGUAUCUCACGGUGUAUAUCAUCGACAUGUACCUCUCGCUGCAGUCCGUGCUCCGGCGGGAGCUGCAGCUGGUGGGCGUCUCCGCCCUGCUCAUCGCCUGCAAGUACGAGGAGAUUUGGGCCCCUGAGGUGAAUGAUUUCAUCUUGAUCUCCGACAGCGCCUACACCCGGGAGCAGAUUCUGAAGAUGGAGAAGGCCAUCCUGAACAGGCUGGAGUGGAACCUGACGGUGCCCACGCCCUACGUCUUUCUGGUGCGUUUCGCCAAGGCCGCGUCUUCCUCAGAUCACAAGAACGACAAGGAGAUGGAGAACACCGUCUUCUUCUUCGCGGAGCUGGCGCUGCUGCAGUACGGUCUCGUGCAGUCCAAGCCCUCCAUGGUCGCCGCCGCUGCCGUCUACGCCGCCAGGCUCACCCUGAAGAAGACCCCUCUGUGGACCGACACUCUGAAGCACCACACUGGCUUCACUGAAGCACAGCUGAUGGACGCCGCCAAGAUCCUGGUGGCCUCGCACUCCACCGCGCCUGACAGCAAGCUGAAGGUCGUCUACAAGAAGUACUCGAGCGAGAAGCUCGGAGGAGUCGCCCUGCGCCCACCUGCGACCGACUUGUGCAAAUGAGCUGCCCGCCUGUUUGUUACUUUGGGUUUGGAUUUGGGAGUGCGAUUGGAAGGAUUGUCUGACAUUUCGCCGUGUUGGUUGGUUAAGAAGCUGUUUGCUUGUUGUUUCGUCGCAAGUCAGGCAUAUUAUCCGACUUGUUGACAACUAUUAUUAGGAUUUGUGUGAUAAAAAUACAUCUCUUCUGAAUGUUAUCUACGACAGUUAUUCAAUUAUUUGAAUAAUCUUUGA